UCUCUGUCUCUUCUGUGAAUGAAAAGAAUGUUGUUUUUUGCUUGAUUUAUGCAUUGGUUAUUUUCGGCUUUUCGGUGGCAAACUUGCAGUAUUUUUAAGUUUAGUAGAUGUACCUAGUGCAGUGACUGCAGUGCCUUUCUAAUAAUUUAGUUUACAAACAGUUUUCUUCUCGUCUUCUCGGUUGUGAAAUAAAAGACAUCAAUGGCUAGUUGGGCCUGGUUUAGUUUUAGUUUAGCUUCAUUUUGGAUUUGAAUUACUUACUGACUGAAUCGUACCGAUCGGUUGCCAAUUUGGUGUUAUUUUGUGAAAAUGUCUGACGCUUGGGAAGAAAUUCAAGCCGUCAAAAGCAAAAGGAACAGUUUGCGGGAAAAGCUUGAGAAACGGAAGAAAGAACGACAGAAUAUUCUGGGAGCCACUUUAACGGUCCCUGAGAAGUCUGAGGGCUCCCCAGGUGGUAAAGAACGCAGUGUAUCUAGUCCGGCUCCUCAAAAAACUGAUGUUGCAGCGCCUACUUCUGCUGAAAAACAAAAACCACCAGUGCCUUCGGCUUCGCUGGAAGUGCGUCUUUUGCAAGUGCUCUCAGACAUGCAACUCCAGUUGCCGGCAACGGCCAGCGCUCUGUUGCCAGGCCUUGGAGAUGUCGAUGCAGGGAUCGUGGCCAGUUUACUUGAAAAAUUUGCCACUCAGAAGUUGAUUACUAUAAGAGAAAGGACAGAGACUACAACAGACGGUGGCAUCGAAGUGGUGAGCGCAGAGUCCGUAAGACUUGCCGCAGUCCUAGCUGCUCUUAUGGAAGAACAAUCUACUAGUCAUAAGAGGAAAGGGGAUGUUGUUGAACAAAGCACAAAACCGAAAGUGUCAAAGACUUUGCCAGAUGAAAAGAAGGUUGCAAAGGGUGAUACAGAUAUAAUGUCUUUACUGGCAAUGCCUUCGAGCAGAGAAAAGGCGGUCAAAAGAGUGGGAGAAGAGAUAAUGGAUUUGUUGAGCAAGCCCACAGCUAAAGAGAAGUCUUUAGCAGACAAAUUUAAAAGUCAAGGAGGUGCUCAAGUGAUGGAGUUUUGCCCGCACGGCACCCGCGCGGAAUGCGUUCGAGCGUUCUCAGUUCAGAAACCAGACGGUACAGAAGUGCAGGGGUACAGUUGUAAGAAACUCCACUUCAAGAAGAUUAUACAGAGCCAUACGGAUGAAUCGCUGGGAGACUGCUCGUUUCUGAACACCUGCUUCCAUAUGGAUAGCUGCAAGUAUGUGCACUACGAAGUGGACAAUACGGAUCCAAAUGCAAAUUCCAACAAAAUAACAACUGAAUCUUCACAGAAGAUUGCACAAAAUGGUGCAAGUGUGGUGUCAAAGCCUGAUGGAGUAUUGACAUUGACUCCACCACAAUGGCUGCAGUGCGAUCUGCGGUAUCUUGACAUGACAUUCUUAGGCAAGUUUGCGGUGAUCAUGGCCGACCCGCCGUGGGACAUCCAUAUGGAGCUGCCCUACGGAACGAUGUCGGAUGACGAGAUGAGGUGUCUCGGCGUGCCGCAACUGCAGGACAGCGGGCUUAUAUUCCUGUGGGUCACUGGCAGAGCCAUGGAGUUGGGCAGAGAGUGCCUAAAGCUGUGGGGCUACGAGCGCGUGGAUGAACUGAUCUGGGUGAAGACGAACCAGCUGCAGAGGAUCAUCCGUACCGGCCGCACUGGGCACUGGCUCAAUCACGGCAAGGAGCAUUGCUUGGUGGGCAUGAAAGGCAACCCGGAGAACCUGAACCGAGGCCUGGACUGUGACGUCAUCGUGGCCGAAGUGAGGGCCACCUCGCACAAGCCUGACGAAAUAUACGGGAUUAUUGAACGUCUCAGUCCGGGCACGAGGAAGAUUGAGCUUUUCGGGAGACCACAUAAUAUACAACCUAAUUGGAUAACCCUCGGCAACCAAGUCGACGGCGUCCGCUUGGUGGAGCCAGAACUGAUCGCAGCGUUCAAGAAGCGUUACCCAGACGGCAACUGCAUGGCGCCUCCGCCCCCGGACCCAGGGCUGCCCUAGCCAAGCAAUAAUAGCCCUAAACACAAUGGUAAUACGGCCACGUUAUUUUGAACUUUGUUGCCUUGUUAACUGUAUAAUAUCCGGGAUCCAGCAUCACUGGACACCGUUAAACUGUAUUGCCGUGGGAAUGAGCCAACGGCGACUUUUUGUAGCGAUGCAGUAGCGAUUCUGUCGCGCAUUCGCAUCGAUACAGUCGCAAUGCGGUCGCUAGCUAUGUGCCCUCGUACACAUAAAAGAGCUACUGUCGCGAUGCAAACGCGAUUCAGUAACCCUCCCUGCGUUCUUUCCCCAAUGUCGUCCGACACGGUCGCGCGUUUGCUUUGAUACAGUCACGCUGCUGUAACGCGUUUGCUUCGCUUCUGUAGUGCGUUGCAAAUGCGACUAACGCGCGUUAGUAGAGAUACUGUCGCUCGUUUACGAAACGCUACAAAAAGUCGCCGUGGGCGAUGACCCUUAUCCAAUUUCUCCUUUAGUCCAACUGUAAAAUGUUAAAAUAAUAAUAGACUUAAUAAUGUUUAAGAGAGACUAUUUCUGCAGCACCAAGCUGCCAGAAGCUUUUUCAGUUUAAAACUGUGCGUGUGCAUUUUAAGAUAUUGGAAGAUAAACCAUUCAGAAAGUUAAUUCAUAUUUGUUAAGAUUAUAGUAAUGGGGUAGAUACAAGAUAACGACAUAAAUAGAGGUCCGCAAUUACCUUCUUUUCCAAGUCUUAGGCCGUAUACAGAAAGAAAGCUGGAAACUUAUAAGCGCUGGUCCGUUCGUUCACAAAGGAAGCAAGUUGAAUGGCAUUUUAUAUGGCAGCGUCCAGCGCUGACCAGCGCGUGUUGAAACUUGUCGGCGCCGUUCAGUUCUUAUGGGCGCGCGUUCAUUACUAUCUUCCUGCGCGUUUUACCAGCGCUGAGAAGCGCUGGUAAGCGCUUAUAAGUUUCCAGCUUUAUUUCUGUAUACGGCCAUAAAAACAAUAUCUUAUCCAUGAAUUGCCGCAUUUGCCGCACUAAGGGCUGAUUUUACCAUCAUCGGAUAAAUUUUAACUGAAGAAUAAACUUGUCAUUUUGACAUAUUUCCAUACUGAAACUGUCAAUGUGCCAAACUGAUUCUUCAGUUAAAAGUUAUACGGCGAUUGAAAUAUCAGUCCUAACAGGGUAAAUCGUGGACAGAUGGAGUAUUUAUAAACCCUACAAUCACUCUUGACAAAUAAAUAUAAUAUAAGGAAAGCUUGUAAAUAAUAAUAAUUGUUGUUAAUUACACAUGUUUAAUAUU